GAAGCUGUGCCGCUUUGCAGCGCCCCGCGCAAGCAGGAUCUGUUUUGAGAACGUCUUCAGUGUCACAAAAUGAAGAGCCCUCACGCAGCGACCAACGGCUUGUUUAUUCCUGUGGGGUGGUCGGGGUUGGGGUGGGCCCUGGGCAAAACUGUUGCGAGUCGGUGUUAACGGAACAUCGGUGUCUCUUAAAACCCACCCACCCCCGCCCGCCCGCCCGCCUGCCUGCCCCCGUCUCCACUAUCGCACGGAGCACAGCCGCUGCUGUUGGCGUGCGUCACAGCGCAACUGCGUCUCCCGGCACGCGCCGUCCAAAAGAAACCCCCUCCUCUUGGCUGGAGCCACGACUCGUCCGUCCGUGGCUCGAGGUUGAGAGUGGGUGGUGGUGGUGUUGGUUGGGAGAUUUGGUUCGGGGGCUGCUGUCGCGUACGAAAGGCGACGAUCGGGAUCCCGGCGGAGGAAAACUCACACGAGAGAGAGAGAAAGAGAGAAAGAGAGGAGCCGUGCGAGCUCACAAGAGUUUGGGACGCGUCGAUACCCCCGGGUACUGCGGGAGCUGUGUUUGUGUUAGCGGGAAGCACUCCCCCCCCCCCCCACCCCACCUCGGCCAUGAGUGCUGAAUACUCGGCUGCGUCCCACGCUUAAGCGGAUUUGAAGCGAAGGAGGGAUGGCCAACGGCACGGCGAAUGCAUCCGAGUCGACGCUGAGCCGCGACGAAGAUCUCGCCAAGGUGGAGAUCACGAUCCUCGCCAUCAUCCUCUGCGCGGCCGUGGUCGGCAAUGCCUGCGUGCUCCUGGCGCUGCUCAGCACCAAGAAGAAGACGUCGCGGAUGCACCUUUUUAUCAUGCACCUGAGCAUCGCCGACCUGGUAGUGGCCUUCUUCCAGGUGCUGCCCCAGCUCAUCUGGGAGGUGACCUUCCGCUUCAAUGGCUCGGACAUACUGUGCCGCACCGUCAAGUACCUGCAGAUCCUCGGCAUGUUCGCCUCCACCUACAUGCUCAUCAUGAUGGCCAUGGACCGCUACAUCGCCAUCUGCCACCCGCUGCGGACGAUCCAGCAGUCGUCGACGCAGUCCUACAUGAUGAUCCUCGUCAGCUGGCUCGUGAGCUUCCUCUUCAGCGUCCCGCAGGCGUACAUCUUUUCGCUGCGCGAGGUGCAGCAGGGCACGGGCGUCUACGACUGCUGGGCCGCCUUUGUCGAGCCGUGGGGGCUCAAGGCGUACGUCACGUGGACCGCCGUCGCCGUGUUCGUCGCGCCCGUCGCCGUGCUGCUCUGGUGCUACGGCAUGAUCACCGCCGAGAUCUGGAGGAACAUGCGGGCCAAGAUGGAGAGGCGCGGCGGGCGGGACGGCCGCCCGCCGCCGAAGGGGACGCCGGCGCGGUCGUCCGCGGCGGUGGCGCCGGCGGCGACCGCGACAGCGUCGCGGGUCAGCUCGGUGAGGAACAUCUCCAAGGCGAAGAUCCGCACCACCAAGAUGACCUUCGUCAUCAUCGUGGUGUACGUCUUCUGCUGGACGCCGUUUUUCCUCGUCCAGAUGUGGUCCGUGUGGGACGGGUCUGCUCCCUUUGAAGGGUCGGCGUUCACCAUCGUGAUGCUGUUGGCCAGCCUCAACAGCUGCACCAACCCCUGGAUCUACAUGUUCUUCAGCGGGCAUCUCAUUUACGACUUCGCGCACUGCAUCCCGUGCUGUGCGGGCGCGCUCCGUCGCCUGGAAACGACGGGCGCCGGCCACAACGCCACCGACCGGCUCAGCGCCACUCCGCAGAGGCACCGCAGCGUCACCCUGAGCUCCUGCAGCCAGAAGUAGGAUGCGGGGU